GUGUGCCAUGUAUCACAGACUGUGUCAUGGCUGAGCUGGAAAAACUGGGACAGAAGUACAGAGUUGCUCUCAGGAUUGCCAAGGAUACAACAUUUGAGCGGUUGCCGUGCACACAUGCAGGAACAUAUGCCGACGACUGCUUGGUACAGAGAGUCACCCAGCAUAAGUGUUACAUUGUGGCCACAGUGGACCGAGACCUGAAAAGGAGGAUCAGGAAGAUUCCCGGAGUUCCCAUCAUGUACAUUUCCAGUCACAGGUAUAAUAUUGAGAGAAUGCCAGAUGACUACGGAGCUCCGCGCUUUUAGGAUUGCUGCUUACCUAUUGAACUGGUUGUGAUUGGUCUGUUUAAGAUCACUGAUUAUUUUGAUUGGUCAGUUGUCAGGAUCCCAUGAUGUUCUUCCAAGGGCCUUCAGUAGCCUGUGGACAGGUAUAAUCAGGUCUUCAGCAAAUGCAAGGAUUGUUGGAGAAGCCUCUAUGAAUAACUUUAAAGUGACCCUUAGCCCCCCCCCUGGUGAAUAUAUACAUAUGGCAGGGUUUCGCUCUGUUGUCAAGUAUUGUAUCCCCUUUGAUCACCUUCUGUACAGAUAUUAUUCUAUAAACACACCUAGAGUUUUUAUAAAUGUAAAGUCACAAUUAAAACAAUUUCCAGCCCAUGA